ACCAACCCCAGGAAGCCGUGUUCAGCGGUGACCAUGUUGAACACGCAGAGGAUGGAGAAUGGCAGCGCUCUACUUCAACUACCUCAUCUCAGAGUGAGCGGGCAGAGCGACUCUUGCAGAACCAGCACAAGAGCCUGGCCUCUGAGGACACCAAAAAGAAGAGGGCUCAGAAACCAUCUCACAUGCGGAGGAACAUAAGAAAGCUCUUGCGUGAGGACCAACUGGAAGCCGUGACAAAAGCAGCCCAGCAGGAAGAGUUGGAGAGAAGGAAAAGGCUAGAGCAGCAGCGGAAGGAUUAUCCAGCCACUAUCCCAACUGUACCCCUAGAGUUUCUUCCUGAAGACAUUGUUUUCAGAACAGCAGAGGCUACCCAGCUCCCUCCUCAGGUCCUGGCUGAGGAAGUGAUCUGCUUAGAUAGUACCAGCAGUGGCAGUGAAGAUGAUGCUAAAGGAAAAAAUAGCAUUAAAGAUGAAGUGAUUGAGCUGAGUUCAGGAGAGGAUGAUGCCCUCCAAAUUGUGGACAGCAGCGACUCUGGCAAUGAAGGGGAGGAGGAUGGCAGUGAAGAGAGCAGUGGCUCUCAUGUGAAUGAUGCCUUAAAUCAGUCAGAUGCUCUGGGGCAAGUCAUUGUCAACAUCAAUCAUCCACCAAAUGAGGAGGACAUUUUCCUGGCUCCCCAGCUUGCACAUGCAGUAAAACCCCAUCAGAUUGGUGGGAUCCGAUUCCUGUAUGACAACUUGGUUGAGUCCUUGGAGAGAUUUAAAACCAGCAGUGGGUUUGGGUGUAUUUUAGCGCAUAGCAUGGGCCUGGGCAAGACCAUACAAGUCAUCUCUUUCUUGGAUGUACUUUUUCGGCACACAGAGGCAAAGACUGUUCUUGCCAUUGUACCUGUGAAUACGCUCCAAAACUGGCUAGCAGAAUUCAACAUGUGGCUCCCACCCCCCGUUUUUCCUGCUGAUUAUAACCCCAAAGACGUCCAGCCCCGCACCUUCAAAGUCCACAUCCUGAAUGAUGAACACAAGACAACAGCUGCACGUGCAAAGGUGGUGAAUGACUGGGUGAUAGAGGGUGGUGUGCUGCUGAUGGGAUAUGAGAUGUACCGUCUCCUCUCACUGAAGAAGUCCUUUGCCACUGGCAGGAAGAAGAAAACAAAGAAACAAGCUGGCCCUGUCAUCAUUGACUUGGAUGAGGAAGACCGGCAGCAAGAGCUUCUGAAAGGGAUUGAGAAAGCUUUGUCUCGCCCUGGCCCAGAUGUGGUUAUUUGUGAUGAGGGACACCGGAUAAAGAACUGCCAUGCCAGCACUUCGCAGGCCCUGAAGAACAUCCGCUCCCGCCGGCGGGUGGUGCUGACUGGCUACCCACUCCAGAACAACCUCAUUGAGUAUUGGUGCAUGGUAGACUUUGUCCGACCUGACUUUCUAGGCUCACGGCAGGAAUUCAGCAACAUGUUUGAGCGCCCUAUCUUGAAUGGGCAGUGUAUUGACAGCACCCCUCAAGAUGUCCGUCUCAUGAGGUAUCGCAGUCAUGUCCUGCAUAGCCUGCUGGAAGGCUUUGUGCAGCGGCGAGGCCACAAUGUGCUGAAGGUUCAGCUCCCAUCUAAGGAAGAGCAUGUAAUUUUGGUACGUCUUUCAAAGAUCCAGCGGGCCCUUUAUACGGAGUUCAUGAACCGGUUCCGAGAUGCAGGCAACAGUGGCUGGCUGGGACUGAACCCACUCAAAGCUUUCUGUGUCUGUUGUAAGAUCUGGAACCAUCCAGAUGUGUUGUAUGAAGCUCUGCAAAAGGAGAAUCUGGCAAACGAGCAGGAUUUGGACGUGGAUGACCUUGGCACAGCAAGUACUAAUUCCCGCUGCCAGCCUCAGGGAAUUAAAGUCAAAACAGAGAGUAAUGCUUUGGCAUCACCGGUUGGAGAAGCUACCAAUAGCAAGUUCCUCCAGAGCGUUGGCUUCAACCCCUUUCAGGAGAGAGCAAAUCAGGUCGUUACUUAUGAGUGGGCCAAAGACAUCUUGUGUGAUUACCAGACGGGAGUCUUGGAGAACUCACCCAAGAUGGUGUUACUGUUCCACUUAAUUGAGGAAAGUGUGAAGCUUGGAGACAAGAUCUUGGUCUUCAGCCAGAGCUUGUCCACGUUAUCUGUCAUUGAAGAGUUUUUGGCAAAGAGACCAAUGCCGAGUCCUCCAGGCUCAGCUGGAGGAGUUCACAACUGGGUUCGAAACAUCAACUAUUACAGACUGGAUGGCAGCACCUCUGCCUCGGAAAGGGAACGACUGAUUAACCAGUUCAAUGACCCCAGCAACACCUCUGUUUGGCUCUUCCUUUUGUCCACACGUGCUGGGUGUUUGGGUGUCAACCUCAUUGGAGCAAACAGAGUGGUGGUGUUUGAUGCUUCUUGGAACCCAUGCCAUGAUGCCCAGGCCGUGUGCCGAGUGUACCGCUACGGGCAGAAGAAGCCAUGCCACAUUUACAGAUUGGUUUCUGAUUACACCCUCGAGAAGAAGAUUUAUGAUCGUCAGAUCUCCAAGCAGGGCAUGUCGGAUCGGGUGGUGGAUGAUCUGAACCCAGUGCUGAAUUUCACCCGACGGGAGGUGGAGAACCUGCUGCAUUUUGUGGAAGAGGAAUCUGACCCUGCUCAGCUCUCCCUCAAUCCAAGCAAGAUGAAGGAGUCUGUUCUACAGUUAGCCUGUCUCAAGUAUCCUCACCUCAUCACCAAGGAGCCUUUUCAACAUGAGUCACUGCUGAUAGACCGGAAGGAGCACAAGCUGACCAAGGCAGAGAAGAAAGCAGCUAAGAAGAGCUAUGAGGAGGAAAAGCGAGCAUCCGUCCCCUACACCCGGCCGUCCUACGCACAGUAUUACCCAGCCAGUGACCAGAGUCUGACGAGCAUCCCUGCCUUUAGUCAGAGGAACUGGCGACCAGCCCUCAAGGGUGAGGACAAGCCAGUGGCAAGCGUCCGCCCAGUUCAAUCCACCCCCAUUCCUAUGAUGCCCCGGCAUGUCCCCAUGGGCAGCACAGGAUCAACCUCAAGUUCCAACCCUGCUGUCAACUUCCCUAUCAACUAUCUACAGCGAGCUGGUGUCUUGGUGCAGAAGAUUGUCACCACCACAGAUAUUGUGAUUCCGGGUACAAAUACAUCCACUGAUGUACAGGCAAGAAUCAGUGCUGGUGAGAGCAUCCACAUCAUCCGAGGGACAAAAGGGACGUAUAUCCGGACCAGCGACGGGCGGAUUUUUGCUAUCCGGACCACUGGGAAGCCAAAGGGCAAUGAAGACCGUCGGACAGCUGCCUCAGGCUCCCAGAGCUCUUCACUGGAGUCCACAAGCAAUGGCAGACACAGUGCCUCAUCACCGCAGCUCCCCAGUGCAGAGGAGCUCACUCGGCCCAUAUCCCCCGACAGCCCCGAGAUCAUCAGCGAGCUGCAGCAGUACGCGGAGGCAGCAGCUGCCCGGGAGUCCCGGCACAGCUCUCCCAGCACCAACGCAGUGCAAGGCCACCCUGCUCGCACAGACAAUGCGCCUGGCUUAGCAGCCCGAGGAGCCGAGCAGCGCGUGGGGAUUCACUGUAUGGCUCCCUCUGUGUCUUCAGCCCUGCCGGCCACCAGCCAGCAUGUUGAUGCCCACUCAGUGUUGGACUUACGGGGCAACAAGCGCAAGUCGACCUCACCGUCGGCUCCAGAGGAGCAAGCCCGCAGGCAGCAGAAGAAGCGCCAGUUGCCAUCGUCCGUGCAGCCGUACGAACACGGGUACCCCGUCUCUGGUGGGUUCGCCAUGCCUCCUGUCUCUUUAAACCACAACCUAACCCAUCCAUUUGCCUCCCAACCAGGAAACUCCUUGUACAUGGGCACUGGCUCCUCUUACUACCAGCUGCCCAAUUUACUCCCAGACCCUCAUCUGGUGUUCCCUGUGACUACUGACCCUCUGCUGACAGCCGGCACCGCCAGCUCUUCUGCUGCUACCUCAGCCACCGCCAGCGUCCCCUCAUUCAUGCUAAACCCUUCUCUGACGGGGGUGCUGCCCAAUUACUCGCUUCCCUUCACACAGUCACUCCUGCCCGAGCCCAGGAUGUUUGCUCCUUUCCCAGCCCCCGUCUUGCCUAGCAGCCUUCCCAGGAGCAUGGCAUCUGCCUACCCUGGCUACAUGUCCCCUCACUCGGGCUACCCGGCUGGGGGCCUCCUUCGGUCCCAGGUGCCUCAGUUUGAACCCCAGGAGGUCCCAGAGGUGGGAUGCAGCUCUAAUGACGAGGACAAAGACGACGAUGUUAUAGAGAUCACAGGGAAAUAAUGGGCCCAGCUCCUGCUUGGUCUCAGCUCUGCCAGGAGGCAAAAAUUGCAGGACCUUUUUGGGAGUCAGGAUUUCCCCUCUGGGCCACAGCAGUGGGUGGAGAAGGAUGCGAAGGGUGUGGCAUGGGGGUUGUUUUGUUCUUUUCAUUUUGUUUUGUCGUUUUUUAGCUGUCAAGGAUCUGAAUUGUAUUAGGGGCUGGGAGAUGGGAGGGGGAUAGAGUGGACCUGCGAGGGCUAGGGGAGCAAGAGCCAGGGGAGGAGGGAAGCAGCAAUGCAAAAAACAUAGGAGUGCCUCCCUCCCACGCUCUGUCUGUCUGUCUGUCUCUGUUCUCUGUCUUGUCUGGAAGGGGGAAGCUUGGUGGUGCGAGUCACUGCCCUUCUCAGGCCUGGAGGCAUGGGCUUGACCACUGGCAGGGCCGAGCUCCCUCUCACACGAACUGCCUUAUCUGUGAACUUCUCUCACCCCGGGAGGUGUGGG